AUGGUUCUCACUCGACAUAUCCUGGCGCUGGCCACCUUGGCUACAAGCACUCUGGCUGUUGAUUGUCCAGGGGCUGACACAGCUGGCACACCCUGUACCGAUGGUGUUUUUGUUCUUUCUGCUCGAGGCACCGAUCUCAACUUCAAUCUACCAUUUCAGAAUGGUCCCAAUUACACAGAGCAGCAAGGGCAGCAAGAUGUGGCUACUGCCUUGGUUGACAAGGCAGGGGGAUAUUGCCGGUCCUUACCUUAUGCCUCCAGUCCCUACCUGUUAUACUUUCCCAGCAUCAAUUACGGAAUCAAGCAAGGCCAAAGCACCAUAAGAGAAUAUGUGGAUCGAUGCAAGUCAACCGUCAACCCCCGUAUCGUUCUUCUUGGGUAUAGUCAAGGUGGCCAGACCAUGACUUCAGUCCUGAUUGGAGGACAAGGCUAUCCAACGCUUGAAGACUACAAGCAAUACAUCACCGGCGGUGCGUUCUUCGCCAGCCCGUCUUUCGUUGCCAACUACCCCAUCGAUGGUGGCAACUCCACCACAAGCGGUCUAUUUGCAAGAGGACCCGUCAGCUACAACUAUUUCAGUACGACGUACAGCAAUCGCCUUCGCAACUUCUGCCAAGCUGGGGAUGUAUUCUGUGCGAACGCAGGGUUCAGCGAUGAGGCUGGACGGAUCCAUGAGAAUGCGGUGAAUGCGUACAAGCAGGAAGCCAUUGAUUUCCUUUGGCCCCUUGUUUGA